AAUAUCGCGCGAUCAUGAAGACCGCUGCGCUGCUAUGACGCUCUUGUCUGCCUUGUUGCCUGGUGGCGUCGAUUCAUGAAUAUGCUUCGGGCAGAGAUGAGGGAAUGCAUGAAAUUAGGAAACGUGAAACAAACUACCAGAUAAAGGAGUGUUCAUGUGGCGGGCGCGAUUGACGUCACAGUGAUUGUGCAAACUCGACGACGGCGCUCCUAGCGGGCGCGGCGCGAACCAACCACACAGUAUAAAUACAGCGUGAACAACUGGAGUCGCUAUCACACGAUCAUGAAGACCGCUGCUAUAACCCUGUUGGCCGCCCUGCUGGUGGUGUCGUUCAACGAAGCUUUUGGCAGCUUAGUAGGACGACAUGAGCUGAGGAAAAGAGAUGUUGAUUGCUCUGUAUUACCAGAUUUAGGAGAACGAGAUGCUACCGACAGCUGCUGCAGCAAGACUAUCGGCCUGGCCGAGCGGGUUCACGGGGCACCCGCAGCGCAACAUGCGCCGUCGGAGGAUCCUUUGGACCACGUGGCUCACGGACCUCAAGGUGACCGCAAAGAAAGAAUCAGGUGCAUCAUUCAAGAGAAACUGCAAAACGCAUCACUCCUGACAGAGGACAGAAAACUCAACCAAGGAGCUCUUGUGAGUCGCAUAGUCGAACUGAUGCCCAACGCCACCGCCUGGACUCACGACAAGAUCCAGGAGAUUGUCAGCAGCUGCAUAGCGUCCGCAGAAGAGAAAAUGGUCGGAGAAGUCACCAAUUGCAGCUCAGGCGCCUCAGCGUGGGUGAUGUGUCUGAAUCGCAAGAUGCUUGUGGAAUGCCCGGACGAGUACUGGGAACACAGUGACCAGUGCAACAGCUUGAAGGGCUACGUGAUCGCGUGUCCCGACGGCCCGCCGCUGCCCGCGCUGGGGGAAGACGGCACGGCGCAGGGUCCCACCCACGGAGUCCACACGUACGGCAUCUGGGACAAGAUCUGGGGCAAGGUCAAGGACACCGUGAAGGACCUCGCCAAGGACGCCCUGGGCAAGGUCGGGGGGAAGGUGGUGGGAGAGAUCCUGGAUCACGUCCCCAUAUAGGCGCCCUGCGGCGGACAGAGUCUACCUCCGAGGAGACUACCAGUGCAAGUCUCUCGUCAUACAUCAAACUGAAGCUAUUCAAGACACACUGAAGUGAACUCUUUCAACCAAGCCUGCAAUAAACCCAACUGAACAGAUCUCCGCCAGAAUUCACAACAUACUUAUGUUUAAAUUGUAAAUUUGUUGUUCUCUGCUACAAGACUUAUUAAAAUAUCUGUUAUUGCA